AUGAAAAAGGACGUGCUGGCAGAGACGAGAUAUGUCGAACUGGUGCUUGUCGUGGAUCAGAAUCUGUAUCAGAAUAUGAACAGUAAUAGAGGAGCUGUGUUGCGAAGAAUGAUUGACAUUGCCAAUACAGUCGACCUGUAUUACAGACCAUUCAACAUUCGCAUUGCUCUGAUUGGAGUGGAGGUGUGGACUGUAGACCAAAUCCCCGUUAGUACGAAAUCAACACCAACAUUGAAUCACUUCCUGAAGUGGAGGCAUGAAACACUUCUACCACGACUGUACAAUGACAAUGCCCAACUCCUCAUAGGUGGCCAUUUUGAGGAUGACAUCGCAGGUUUGGGAAGUUUAGGUGCCAUGUGUUCAGCAAGCCAAUCUGGAGGAAUAAAUACAGACAACCGGCCCAGCCACUUGGUUGCUGCUUCAACCAUUGCACAUGAAAUGGGACACAAUUUUCAGAUGAGACAUGAUGAUCCAUCACAGAAUUGUAAAUGUGCAGACAAGGUCGCCGGCUACUGCAUCAUGGAACCAGCAAUGGGUUCAGUUGUGCCAACAGCCUUCAGCAGUUGCAGCCGACAGGACUUGGUGAAUAGCAUCAGCCGUGGUCUCGGGAUAUGUCUGUACAACUUACCGAAUCUUGACCAGCUGGUCGCAGGCCGUGAGUGUGGGAACUUUUUCUUAGAGAAAGACGAGGAAUGUGACUGCGGCAAACCUGUGGUUUGCAACAACAAAGGUAACUGUCACUGUGAUGUUGGUUGGGCUCCUCCAUUUUGUAAAACCAAGGGGGCUGGUGGCAGCAUUGACAGUGGACCCAUGACUAGAAAAGGCACAGAUUCAGACACCUACCAGCCAACUGUAGGAUUUUAUGAAUCAUGA